AUGUAAAUUCCUAAUAACAAUAGUAAUCCUUAUGCUCAAUAUUAGUAUCCAUAAUAAUAAGGUCAGGUGUAAUAUAAAUAAGCAUAUCCUUAAUAAUAUUAAUAAUAAUAUCCUGGAUAAUAAAUUGCACAAUAAUAAUAUGUAUGUUAAGGAAAAUAACAAAAACCGGUUGUUCCUCCAAAGAAACCUGGUCUUUUUUCUUUUGAACCAGGAAGCAAUAAGGAAUUAGAUGAUGCUUUAAAUAGUAUUGAUACAAUGUAUAAUGAUAUGUUUGAUACCGUGGAUAAUUAAAAAAUGAGAUAAGAAGAGGGUAAUUUUAGAUAUUAUAUAAUAGGUUAAGAUAAAUAGGAAGAAUAUUGUAUGGGUAUUCCAAUAGAUUAGAAUAAUUAUGGUUAAUAAAAUUAGUCAAAUCAAGUAUAGAAUGGUUUUGGUAAUAUUUGUCAAGAUCCAGAGAAAUGGAAUUAUUAUAAUGGUAAUCGUAAUUCAUUUUAUUGA